ACGAAAUAUGGCUGGCGACUUCACUUGAAGCAAGGUAGAGAAAAGGGGACCUCUGGGUUUCUUUAAAGCAAAAUCCAUCUUUUUUGUGCAUACCACUGCUUUUAACACUGAAGAAUGCUAGCCUUCAGGUUUAGUUACCCUCCUCCCCCCAUGAAACUUAUAUAAAAGUUUCCCCGGGUGGCUUAAUAAUUUAUAAACUAAUACUUUGACUGGGGGUCAGCUGUCCUGUUGUUUAAGCAUAUUUCUGCUCGGCGCAAUUAGGAGCAGUGUUGUGAAUGACAGGCUUUGAACAAAAUGCCAAACUUCGAUGACAUUCUAGAGCACAUUGGGGAAUUUGACCUGUUCCAGAAAAGAGCCUUUUUUCUCAUCUGCUUCGUCUCUGUUGCCUUUGCCCCGAUCUAUGUGGGAGUCGUUUUCCUUGGUUUUAUACCUGAGCACCGUUGCCUGAAUCCUGGAGCUGCCGAGUUAAGCAGCAGGUGUGGCUGGAGCCCUGAACAGGAGGUGAAUUACACGGUUCCAAAUGGAGAGGCUUUCACCCGUCAAUGCAUGAGAUACGAUGUGGACUGGAAUGCAACUGAGCUGAGCUGCACAGAACCGUUGGAAGCUUUUUCCAGUAACAAGAACUUCUCUCUUACAACCUGCCAAGAUGGCUGGGUCUAUGAUCCUUCAAUAUGGUCCAUUGUGAGUGAGUUUAAUUUAGUAUGCGAAGACUCCUGGAAGUUAGACGCAUUUCAGUCAUCUGUAAAUGCUGGGUAUUUUCUUGGAUCCAUAUGUGUUGGCUACAUAGCAGACAGGUUCGGACGUAAAACAAGUCUCUUAAUUAACACCCUGGUCACUUCCAUCGCAGGAGUUCUUGUGGCCUUGGCACCAAGCUACUUAUGGUUGGUGAUAUUUCGCUUCAUCCAAGGACUAAUCAGCAAAGCCGCCUGGACAGCAGGCUAUAUUCUAAUCACAGAAAUUGUUGGUCCAAGCUACAGGAGGAUUGUGGCUAUUCUUUACCAAACAGCAUUUGCUUUCGGCCUCCUCAUCCUUGAUGCUGUGGCUUAUGCGAUUCCUCACUGGAGAUGGCUGCAACUUGCCAUUACUCUGCCGUGUUUCCUUAUUUUGUUCUACUACUGGUGCCUGCCGGAAUCUCCCAGGUGGCUGAUCUCUCAAGGACAGAAUGUCAGAGCUAUGGAAAUCAUGGGCGAUAUUGCUAAAAAGAAUGGGAAAGUCAUGCCUGCCGGUUUUGAGAGUAUAAACCUUGAAGAAGAAAAAGAAGAGAAAGAAGAGAAAGAAAACCGGGGGCCUUCAUUGAUGGAUCUUGUGAGGACAACACAGAUGAGAAAAUACACUUUUAUUUUGAUGUAUAACUGGUUCACAAGUGCCAUCAUGUACCAAGGACUCAUCAUACACCUAGGAAUUUCUGGAGACAAUGUUUACCUGGAUUUUUUUUACUCGUCUCUAGUUGAAUUUCCAGCAGCCCUCAUACUCAUACUCACGACGGAACGUAUGGGCCGCCGCUAUCCCUGGGCUACCGCAAAUCUGGUGGCAGGAGCGGCUUGCCUUGUUGCAGCUUUCACCCCAGAAGAUAUGCACUGGCUAAAGGUUAUUACAGCUUGCAUGGGCAGAUUAGGAGUCACAAUGGCAUUUGAAAUGGUUUGUUUUGUCAAUACCGAAUUGUACCCAACAUUUCUCAGAAACCUUGGUGUGAUGGUCUGUUCAUCCAUGUGUGACUUCGGUGGAAUAAUUUCCCCAUUUGUGGUCUAUGACUAACAGAAAUCUGGCCCCAAGCUACCUCUUGUAGGUUUAGUAAGUAAUCCU